AUGGAAGACGAUGACGAAAGAAAGCUCGCCGAAGCUUCUGGUCAUCAUCCUGAUGUACUUAAUCCUGUGCAGAAUGAGAUAGAGGCAUUUGAUAUAGGGGAUUCUGGUUUUGUUUCUAAGGAUGACACAGCUUUACAAGGGAUCACUUCAGCUGAUGGAGUCUUCAAGGAUGAUAUUUUUGAACAAGUUUCUCUGGGAGAUCAGGAGAAGGCUACAAAUGAAUCACAGGGUGACCUUAGGGAGCCUGGAAGUACUUCAAAUUCUGAUCAUGGGAGGUCCUCAUUUGGUGGUACCCAAGGAGUUACGUAUCACUUAUCGGGGACUCAGGAGAUAUAUGAUUUGAUGCCCAUGGAUGAAGUGCAAAGUGACAGACUUUCUAGCCCUGGACCAGAGAGAGAGGCAGCUUAUUCCAUGAAGCAGUCCCUGUCUGCUACUAGCCUGAAUUCUGUCCCCCCUCCAGAAUCUGGAUAUUCCCCAGUUCAUUCCCCGCAGAAGCCUAAGCCAAAGGCUACAAUUCCAAAUGUUUCUCCAGAACUACUGCAUCUAGUGGAUUCAGCAAUCAUGGGGAAGCCUGAAAGCUUGGAAAAACUAAAGAAUGUUGUUAGUGGUAUUGAGAGUUUUGGCUCAGGAGAGGAGUCCGAGGCCACUGCUUUCCUUGUUAUUGAUUCACUUAUUGCCACCAUGGGUGGAGUUGAGAGUUUUGAAGAGGAUGAAGAUAGCAACCCUCCUAGUGUCAUGUUAAAUUCCCGUGCUGCAAUUGUUUCUGGUGAGCUUAUUCCUUGGCUACCUGCUUUAGGUGAUAGCGUUAAUUUUAUGUCCCCGAGGACUCGCAUGGUUCGGGGAUUGCUUGUUAUUUUACGAUCAUGCACGAGAAACAGAGCUAUGUGUUCGACGGCAGGGUUAUUAGGGGUUUUGUUGCGAUCAGUGAGAGAGAUAAUUUCCAAGGACGUUGAUAUGAAAUGGAAUGCUGCUGCUGUUUUGCUCCAAUGCAUUCAACAUCUUGCUGGGCACUCCCUUAGUGUCGAUGAUUUACACAGGUGGCUUGAGGUUAUAAAAGCAACGCUUACAACAGCGUGGUCAAAUCCGUUGAUGCUUGCUUUGGAGAAGGCAAUGAGUGGAAAGGAAUCAAGGGGACCUGCUUGUACUUUUGAAUUUGAUGGUGAAAGCUCUGGCUUACUUGGUCCCGGAGAAAGUCGUUGGCCCUUUACCAACGGAUACGCAUUUGCAACAUGGAUCUAUAUCGAAUCAUUUGCUGACACAUUAAAUGCUGCAACUGCUGCAGCUGCAAUUGCUGCUGCCGCAGCAGCCAAGUCAGGGAAAACAUCUGCAAUGUCAGCUGCAGCGGCUGCAAGUGCGCUCGCUGGUGAGGGUACUGCUCAUAUGCCACGCUUGUUCAGCUUUUUAUCCGCUGAUAAUCAAGGAAUAGAAGCAUAUUUUCAUGCCCAAUUUUUAGUGGUUGAGAGUGGUAGUGGGAAAGGAAGAAAGUCUUCCCUGCAUUUUACUCAUGCAUUUAAGCCUCAAUGUUGGUAUUUUAUUGGCCUCGAGCAUAGCUGCAAGCAGGGACUACUGGGGAAAGCAGAGAGUGAAUUACGGCUGUAUAUUGAUGGAUCCUUGUACGAAAGUCGUCCUUUUGAUUUUCCUCGUAUAUCCAAGCCCCUCUCUUUUUGUUGCGUUGGUACAAAUCCUCCUCCUACUAUGGCUGGUCUACAACGUCGCCGUCGUCAGUGUCCUUUGUUUGCGGAAAUGGGACCAGUUUAUAUAUUUAAGGAACCGCUUGGUCCUGAAAGAAUGGCGCGCUUGGCUUCUAGAGGUGGGGAUGUUUUGCCUUGUUUUGGCAAUGGGGCAGGCCUACCUUGGUUAGCUACAAAUGAACAUGUACAUAAAAUUGCAGAGGAAAGUAGUCUUUUGGACGCAGAGAUCGGUGGAUAUACCCACCUUCUUUACCACCCUUGUCUGCUAAAUGGGCGGUUUUGCCCAGAUGCUUCACUUUCUGGAGCAACAGGUACUCUAAGGCGACCAGCUGAGGUCCUUGGACAAGUCCAUGUUGCAACGAGAAUGAAGCCAGUGGAGUCCUUCUGGGCUCUAGCUUAUGGAGGACCCAUGUCACUCCUUCCUUUGACCGUAAGCAAUGUGCAUAAAGAUAGUUUGGAGCCAUGUCCAGGAAACCUUCCAUUGUCUUUGUACACAGUUACUCUUGCUGCACCUGUAUUUAGGAUUAUCUCAGUUGCUAUUCAACAUCCUGGGAACAAUGAAGAGUUGUGUCGUACUCAGGGACCCGAGAUUCUGGCCAGAAUUUUGAGUUAUCUUCUACACUCACUUGCAUCCCUUGAUACGAAGCAUGACGGAGUAGGAGAAGAGGAACUAGUUGCUGCCAUUGUUUUACUUUGCCAAUCUCAGAAGAUCAAUCAUGUUCUUAAAGUGCAGCUCUUUCGAACUCUGCUAUUAGAUUUGAAAAUAUGGAGCUUGUGCAAUUAUGGACUCCAAAAGAAGCUACUGUCAUCUCUUCAAGAUAUGGUUUUCACUGAAGCAAAAGCUAUGAGGGAUGCCGAUGCUAUUCAGCUGCUUCUGGAUGGCUGUCGAAGAUGCUAUUGGAUGAUUUCUGAGCAGGAUUCUGAGACCACUUUUCCUCUUGACGGUAAUACGCGUCAAAUGGGGGAAGUCAACGCUCUGAUUGAUGAACUUCUGGUGAUUAUUGAACUUCUAAUGGGAGCAGCAUCUCCUUCUUUAGCUGCUGAUGACCUCCGUCGAUUACUUGGUUUCAUAAUUGACAGUCCACAGCCAAAUCAGGUUGCAAGGGUAUUACACCUUAUGUAUAGGUUGGUCGUACAGCCAAAUGCUGCAAGAGCACAAAUGUUUGCGGAAGUAUUUAUAACAUCCGGUGGGAUAGAAACACUUCUUGUUCUGCUGCAGAGAGAAGCUAAAACUAGUGAGGGUAAUGCUUUAGCUAUGGGUAAGAGUGGAACAAGGUCAUUGACUGAUCAGAGUGAAAAGAGUCAGUGCAGUGGGUCUGGUUCGGUUAAAGAGUUGGAAUCUAAUCCCAAUGAAAAUGAGAAUGGCGUUGACCCUCGUGGUCCUGAUGGAAAUUCUGGCGAGGAUGAUAAUGGAGGCUCUCCGAAUGAAUCAGAGUCAGUUCGACAAGAAAAGGAGCAUGGAUCUGCACCUGUGAUUUAUGAUAGUGACUCAGUUUCUAUCUCCAAUUCCAUAAAUACUGAGAGAAUAUCGUCUGAAAUUGGUGGUAUAAGUCUUUCUAUAAGUGCUGAUAAUGCAAGAAAUAAUGUUUACAAUGUUGACAAUAGCGACGCUGUUGUGGUCGGGAUCAUCAGAUUGAUUGGUGCGUUAAUUUCUAGUGGGCACUUAACAAUUGAUUUGGGUGCCCGUUCUGAUGUGACAAGUAACAUCUUGGGUAGUGGGCUCCAUGAAAAUGGUGGAACAAUGUUUGAUGACAAAGUUGCAUUGCUUCUAUUUGCUUUGCUGAAAGCAUUUCAAGCUGCUCCAAACAGACUGAUGACUGACAAUGUCUAUACAACUUUACUUGGGGCCUCGAUUAAUGCUUCAUCAACAGAAGAUGGCCUUAACUUUUAUGAUUCGGGACAUCGGUUUGAACAUUUCCAACUUUUGUUAGUUCUCUUGCGGUCUCUACCAUUUGCGUCUAAGGCUCUUCAAAGCCGGGCACUUCAGGAUCUUCUUUUUUUGGCUUGCAGUCACCCGGAAAAUAGGAACAGUCUGACAACAAUGGAAGAGUGGCCUGAGUGGAUCUUGGAGAUACUGAUCUCGAAUUAUGAGAAGGAUGCGGGGAAGCAGUCUGCUUCAGCCGGUUCUUCUGAGGUAGAAGAUCUGAUUCACAACUUCUUGAUCAUAAUGUUGGAACAUUCAAUGCGCCAGAAGGAUGGUUGGAAGGAUAUCGAGGCUACAAUUCAUUGUGCGGAGUGGCUUUCUAUUGUCGGUGGUUCUAGCACUGGGGAGCAAAGAAUUAGGCGUGAGGAGUCAUUACCAAUUUUUAAAAGAAGACUUUUUGGUGGAUUGCUAGACUUUGCUGCCAGAGAACUGCAGGCUCAGACUCAAGUUAUUGCUGCAGCAGCUGCUGGUGUUGCUGCAGAGGGUUUGACACCAAAAGAUGCAAAAGUAGGAGCAGAAAAUGCUGCUCAGCUUUCUGUUUUUCUGGUGGAAAACGCUAUCGUGAUUUUGAUGCUCGUCGAAGAUCAUCUGCGGUUACAAAGCAAACAAACUUGUGCAACAAAUGCAGUUGAUGCUUCUCCGUCUCCUCUUUCUUUUGUUAAAAAUCGUACAAGCACACUGACAGCAAUAGGGGAAACAUCAGAGGUACCUAGCAGUCGCGCUUCACUGUCAAGUGAUUCAGGGAAGGUCCCUUUAGAUAUACUCGCUUCAAUGGCUGAUGCAAGUGGACAGAUUUCCGCAGUCGUAAUGGAGCGCCUUACUGCUGCCGCUGCAGCUGAGCCCUAUGAAUCUGUUUCGUGUGCUUUUGUUUCAUAUGGCAGUUGUGCCAUGGACUUGGCUGAGGGUUGGAAGUACAGGAGUCGAUUGUGGUAUGGUGUUGGUCUUCCCUCUAAAACUAGCUGUUUUAGUGGUGGUGGCAGUGGUUCGGACUCUUGGAAAUCUACUUUAGAAAAAGAUGCACAUGGAAACUGGAUUGAACUUCCUUUGGUUAAAAAAUCUGUAUCCAUGCUUCAAGCUUUGCUGCUUGAUGAGUCCGGGCUCGGAGGUGGCCUUGGAAUAGGUGGAGGAUCUGGUACUGGGAUGGGAGGGAUGACAGCCCUCUACCAGUUGCUGGACAGUGACCAGCCUUUUUUAUGCAUGCUUCGAAUGGUGCUUCUGUCUAUGAGGGAAGAAGAUUAUGGCGAAGAUAAUAUGUUGAUGAGAAAUUUAAGUUCUGAGCGGUCUGCAGGAAAUUCAAUUUCAUUAGAUAGCGGUUCUCCGAUGUCUAUGCGACACUCACGAUCAGCAUUAUUGUGGAGUGUGCUCUCUCCUAUCCUAAACAUGCCAAUAUCCGAUUCAAAGAGGCAGAGAGUACUGGUUACUGCAUGUGUUCUCUAUUCUGAGGUAUGGCAUGCUAUCAGCAGAGACAGAAGACCACUUCGUAAGCAGUAUAUAGAGGCUAUUAUACCACCAUUUGUUGCAGUCCUUCGGAGAUGGCGACCACUUUUGGCUGGCAUUCAUGAACUUGCAACUGCUGAUGGUAUGAAUCCGCUUGUCGUUGAUGAUCGUGCCUUGGCUGCUGAUGCUCUCCCCGUUGAGGGUGCUCUUUCCAUGAUUACUCCGGAGUGGGCUGCUGCGUUUGCAUCACCGCCUGCGGCAAUGGCUCUGGCGAUGAUAGCUGCAGGGGCAGCUGGUUGGGAAGCGCCGCCACCACCAACACCUUCACAUCUCAGGCGAGACUCUUCUUUGCUUGAGCGUAAGACUGCCAAACUUCAGACCUUUUCAAGCUUCCAGAAACCGCUGGAGGCUCCAAACAAUAAUGCACCUCCUCGACCAAGAGAUAAAGCUGCUGCAAAAGCGGCAGCUUUGGCAGCUGCACGAGAUCUUGAACGGAAUGCAAAGAUUGGUUCAGGAAGAGGUCUAAGUGCUGUUGCAAUGGCUACAUCUGCGCAGCGAAGGAAUAUCAGUGACGUGGAGCGUUUACAGAGGUGGAAUAGUUCUGAAGCUAUGGGAGUGGCAUGGAUGGAAUGUCUCCAACCCGUGGAUACAAAAUCAGUUUAUGGAAAAGAUUUUAACGCUUUGUCCUACAAGUUUAUUGCUGUACUUGUUGCAAGCUUUGCUCUAGCACGUAACAUGCAAAGAUCAGAGAUUGAUAGACGUAUGCAAGAUGAUGUCAUAGCGGCAAAUCGCGUAUGCUUGGGAAGCCGUGGUUGGCGCAAACUAAUUCGUUACUUGGCAGAGAUGAGAUGCUUUUUUGGGCCUUUUGGAGAUGGGUUAUGCAGUCCUGAACGCGUUUUCUGGAAACUUGAUUCUAUGGAAAGUUUUUCAAGGAUGAGACAAUGUAUAAGGAGGAAUUAUUCUGGGACUGAUCAUCGCGGGGCAGCAGCAAACUAUGAUGAUCAGACAGACACGAAAAGUGAUAAUGGUAACAAGGCUUCUCCAUCAAAUCCUCCUGUUCUUGCUGCUGAAGUAAUAUCGAUGGAAGUAGCUUAUGAAGAGGACGAACAUGGAGAGGGUCAUCAUCUUGAUGUCAAAGGCAAUGUUGAAGAACAUAGAAGGGAAAAUGAAGAGAGGAUGUCAGCCUCACAUGAGCAUGCAUCCAGAAUUUCAGCAGGAACUAAUGAUCUUCGAUCUUCGAAUGACCUUGAAAUGGCCCGAGAUUCUUCAGUAGUAGCAGCUGGCUUUGUUCCCAGUGAACUUGAUGAAAGGAUCCUUCUUGAGUUUCCCACAUCUAUGGUCCGGCCACUAAGGGUUGUGAAAGGAACCUUUCAAAUUACAACACGGAGAAUAAAUUUUAUUGUUGACCACAGAGAAAACCAGCAUUUGACUGAUCAUUUAGAUGGGUCCCAAUCAGGUGACCAAGAAAAGGAUCGUAGUUGGCCAAUGUCUUCUCUUCAUCAGAUUUAUAGCCGGAGAUAUCUACUGAGAAGGAGCGCGCUGGAACUCUUUAUGGUUGACCGUUCAAACUUCUUCUUUGAUUUUGGGAAUACCGAGGGAAGAAGAAAUGCAUAUCGAGCUAUCGUUCAAGCAAGGCCUCCUCACUUAAACAAUAUUUACUUAGCAACUCAGAGGCCGGAACAGCUUUUGAGAAGGACUCAGUUAAUGGAGCGCUGGGCUAGAUGGGAGAUUAGCAAUUUUGAAUACUUAAUGCAGCUUAACACGUUGGCUGGCCGUAGUUACAAUGACAUUACUCAGUAUCCUGUUUUCCCGUGGAUUAUUUCUGACAACAGUUCAGAAAGUUUGGACCUUUCAAAUCCAUCUACCUUCAGAGAUCUUUCCAAGCCAAUUGGUGCAUUGAACCCGGAGCGGCUCAAAAAAUUUCAAGAACGAUAUUCUAGCUUUGAAGAUCCAGUCAUUCCCAAAUUUCACUAUGGCUCGCAUUACUCAAGUGCUGGAGCAGUGUUGUAUUAUCUUGCCAGAGUUGAACCUUUCACAACCCUGUCAAUUCAACUUCAAGGUGGAAAGUUUGAUCAUGCAGACCGCAUGUUUUCAGAAAUUCCAGCCACUUGGAAUGGAGUUCUAGAAGACAUGAGUGAUGUGAAGGAGUUGGUUCCAGAGUUGUUUUACCUCCCUGAGGUGCUGACCAACGAAAAUUCUAUCGACUUUGGUACAACACAGCUGGGAGAAAAGCUUGAUGCUGUAAAACUUCCUCCUUGGGCCAAAAACCCAGUGGAUUUUGUACACAAGCAGCGAAGGGCUCUUGAGAGCGAGCAUGUAUCUUCACAUUUGCAUGAAUGGAUUGAUCUCAUAUUUGGGUACAAGCAACGUGGCAAAGAAGCUAUAAUGGCAAAUAACGUUUUCUUCUACAUUACCUACGAGGGGACUGUUGAUAUUGAUAAGAUCACAGACCCAGUACAACAACGUGCUACGCAAGACCAAAUAGCUUAUUUUGGGCAAACACCGUCCCAGCUAUUGACUAUUCCUCACAUGAAGAGGAUGCCGCUGAAAGAUGUCCUACAUAUGCAGACCAUUUAUCGAAAUCCGAAAGAGAUAAAACCGUACGCUGUUCAAGCUCCGGAACGCUGCAACUUACCGGCCUCAGCCAUUCAUGCAUCUUCAGAUAGUGUUGUAAUUGUGGACAUGAACGUGCCAGCAGCUCGUGUUGCACAACACAAGUGGCAACCAAACACCCCUGAUGGCCAAGGUACGCCUUUCCUCUUUCAUCACGGGAAGGCAACAGCAACAUCGACUAGUGGAUCAUUGAUGCGCAUGUUCAAGGGUCCAGCUAGUACUGGAACUGGUGAUUGGCAGUUUCCUCAGGCACAGGCAUUUGCCUCAUCCGGAAUCAGAAGUUCGUCCAUAGUUGCUAUUACAAGUGAUGGGGAAAUAAUCACAGGUGGACAUGCGGAUAAUAGUAUCAAGCUGGUCUCAUCUGAUGGUGCAAAAACUCUGGAAACGGCUUUUGGGCACUGUGCCCCUGUUACAUGUCUGGCUCUGUCUCCAGACAAUAACUUCCUUGUGACGGGUUCACGUGACAGUACUGUUUUGCUGUGGAGAAUCCACAAGGCGUUUGCUUCUCGAACAAGCGUGUCUGAGCAAUCAUCUGACUCGGGAGCGCCUUCCUCCGCAAACAACACGAAUCUGGCCAACACAUUGGCAAAUAAAGGCAAAAAAUGUCGCCUUGAAGGGCCAAUACAAGUGCUCCGUGGCCACCGAAGAGAGAUAGUUUGUUGUUGUGUCAGCUCAGAUCAAGGAGUCGUUGUUUCGUCUUCUGAGACCUCAGAUGUUCUAUUGCAUUCCAUAAGAAAAGGAAGGCUGAUCAGACGAUUGGUUGGUGUGACGGCUAAUUCUCUCUGCAUUUCAGCUGAUGGGGCUAUAAUGGCAUGGAGUAGUUCGGAAGGUUCAAUUAGCGUGUUCACCAUUAACGGAGUUUUGAUCGCCAAAGCAAAGCUUCCUUUCUUUUGUAGCAUAAGUUGUAUGGAAAUAUCCAUGGAUGGUCAAAAUGCCUUGAUUGGGAUGAACUCAUGUUCCAGCAUGGAUUUUGCGAGCAGUGACGAUACAUCAAAAGUUGACAAAGAUAUUGAGAGACUGGAUGUUCCAUCUCCGUCAAUUUGCUUCCUCAACUUAUACACACUACAGGUAUUCCAUGUGCUUAAGCUUGGUCAAGAGCAGGAUAUAACCGCACUGGCUCUGAACGUAGACAACACAAACCUCUUAGUUUCCACGGAAGAUAAACAGUUGAUAAUCUUCACAGAUCCGGCUUUAAGCUUAAAGGUGGUAGAUCAGAUGUUGAAGCUUGGGUGGGAAUGAGAAUAGAAUCAAACAUCAAUGGUAAAAGUUACGGCAAUGUACUUGCGGAAAAUAAACGGAAGCACAAGGGUGAGAUACUACGAAAGCCGAAGAAAUGUUAAAAUCAGAUAUGGGCGUGUUUGGGCGUCUAGUCGUCUGUAACAUAUGUAAGUAUGGUUAGUCAGAGUAAACUGAUCCUGUUUGUCUGUCUCGUGUCAAUUGUGUUCUUCUGAUUUCUUGCUCCAUAGUUUUUUGUGGUGAUCGUUUUGAUCAAAGGCUUGUAGAUUUGUACUUUUUUGCGUUUUUUACGUCUGUAAGAAAAUGAUGUUUUGCUGUUGAUUUUAUUAUAUUCAUUUAUUCAGAACAAC